AGCAUAUACAUACAUAUACUCUGUACGUAUAUUCCAUCUCCUUAAUCAAACCCUCUCUUUUUCACUAAACCGAGUCAAUGGCCGAUCAACUCACCGACGAUCAGAUCUCCGAGUUCAAGGAAGCUUUCAGCCUGUUUGACAAGGACGGCGAUGGUUGCAUCACUACCAAGGAGCUUGGGACUGUCAUGAGGUCGCUUGGACAGAACCCUACUGAGGCUGAACUACAGGAUAUGAUAAAUGAAGUGGAUGCUGAUGGUAAUGGAACUAUUGACUUUCCCGAGUUCUUAAACCUUAUGGCCAGAAAGAUGAAGGACACUGAUUCUGAGGAAGAACUCAAGGAGGCAUUCCGAGUGUUUGACAAGGAUCAAAAUGGUUUCAUUUCUGCUGCUGAGUUGCGCCAUGUUAUGACCAACCUUGGGGAGAAGCUGACUGACGAAGAAGUUGAUGAGAUGAUUCGAGAAGCCGAUGUUGAUGGUGAUGGGCAGAUCAACUAUGAAGAAUUUGUCAAGGUGAUGAUGGCUAAGUGAUAAGCCAACUCUACCAGAUCCACAAAACAUUUGCUUACAAAAAAUAUCUGGAAGAGCAAAGUUUUUUAACUAGUAUAAUGGAUCCCUAGUAUUUUGUAACCAUUUUAUUCAAUGGUUUUAAAGGUCAAACUUGUAAGAGUUUUAGUAGUUGCUAUUGUGGCUGUGGAUAUUCUGUUUCCUUUU